UUUCCUCUAAAUUCAUCGAGUGUUUGGUAGUUAAAUUUUAAAUUAAUCGAAGUAGGUUGAGGGGGCGCACGCGCCGCCAUUACCCAUAACCCCAACCGAUCUACGUUAAUAUGGCGGACGAAAACAAAUCCGCUGAACUUUAGUUGGAAUAUUUGAAAAUUCUCGUUUAAAAUCGCGACGCGCCCUUUAAAAACCGCUGAUUUGAAACUGUUAUAAGACUGUAACACAGUUCAGGAUGACGAACAAUUUGAAAAUAAAGGAGGAGUUGAUGGAGGAUGAUGAUAUGGAGCAAAUAGAGGGUGAAUCUGAUGAGAUGCAAGUGGAUGAUCCGAACACUUUAGGGCCCGCUGCUUUGGGAUUGAGGAGGGUUGGGGCUGCGCCUCCACCUAAACCCUCACCGACUCAGCCUACACAGGUACUAAAUGCUCGAGGAAUGCCCGCAAGGAUUAGGAAGAAGAACAAAUUGUUUUUCGAUGAUGAUAUUGUUAAUACGCCUCAUCACAGGGUAUCAAGUGGUAAGAAACAAAAACCGACCCCCACAAAAAGAACACCGAAAACAAACAACACAUUGGACAGUCACACCAGCGCAAAUAAAACACCCACAAAUAAAAAAACGUUUUCAAGAAACUCGGCACCGGCUACUCCAGUAACUCCGGCCAGAGUAAACUCGCCCGACCGAAGAAUCGGCCAGAAAAUCGGGAUGCGAUUGAGGAAUUUACUGAAGUUACCUAAGGCACACAAAUGGGUCUGCUACGAGUGGUUUUACAGCAAUAUCGAUAAAUGUUUAUUUUCCGGGGAAAAUGAUUUUCAAAUUUGCCUAAAAGAGUCAUUUCCCGAGUUAAAAACGCGGGAACUGACCAGGACUGAAUGGACGAAAAUCAGAAGGAUGAUGGGUAAACCGAGGAGGUGCUCGCAGGCGUUUUUCGACGAGGAACGACUGGAAUUGGAAAAGAAACGGAAGAAGGUGCGCGCGUUGCAACAGAGAAAAAUGACCGAUUUGGCUAAUUUUAAGGAUUUACCGGGUGAAAUUCCGAUGCAGUUGGUCAUAGGCACCAAAGUCACCGCAAGAUUGAGAAAACCUUCCGAUGGACUUUAUACAGGGAGCAUAGAUGCCGUAGAUCCGUCGAAUAACACUUACAGGAUCACAUUCGAACGACAAGGAUUGGGCACGCAUUCGGUGCCCGAUUUUGAAGUGCUCUCCCACGAGGAACCCGAAACUAUAAGUUUGGCCAGUUUUCAGAACAAAUUCAGGCCGAGGAAUAACGGCUUGUUUUCGCUGAUGACCCCCGAUAAAAGUCCCAUGACCGGCUGUAAAACGUUACCGUAUAGGAAAGAUCCUUUGCUUUCUGGUAUAAUGCCAAACAGUCCGGUGCCGUUCUCGGCGUUGGCCCAAGGCCGCGUCGGCCAAUUCCCCCUAAAAUAUCUGGAAAAGGUCGUUUUAGUGAUGAAAAUCCUAAACGCGAAAAAAACCCGCAUAAAGCAAUUGAAAGCGAUGAACUCGGAGGCGGAAAAACUGAACUCCUUCGAAGAGGAACUGACCGAGGACUUCGAGAGGAAAUACGCGAACAUUUUGAUCGACUUAGAGAAGUUAAAUAUGGAACUGCAAACGUUGUUGGACGAGUUACAAGUGUUUUGUCAAGAAAUCUCUCCGGAUCCUCACUUAACGGCCAUUUUGACGCCCUCACUAUUGAGGGAAAGGUGCAAGGAGGAGGCCAAAGAAAUCGUUCAGAAACAUAGCUCUGUUAACUAUGAGGAUAAUGGUACCUCAAGACAUCCGGGAGUGUUGGACCUUAUCACGGACCUGACCGCUCUGUUGCUCCAAAUUAAAAAUUUGGCCGAUAGCGAUCAUAGCCCUUACGAAUUGCAAGUACUAGAAGGUACAGUCCAAAACAUUAAACGUAAACUGAGUCCCCAGAACCAGCAAGUAUUCCAACGGUCCGUCGAGGUGCACAUGAAACAAAUCGAAAACGGACUGAUGAACAUCAAUCUCGAUAAGCUGGUGAUUGGACCAAUAGCAAAAGUUUAAGUGAUUAUUUAUGGUAAAAGUUUAAGAAAAGAAACUUUCAAAGUGGGAAUACAGGGUGUUCCAAAUGCAAAUACUACCGAGUACCAAGAGUGAGUUAAAUAACUUUAGAUUACGUGGGAAAAAACUUCUCGAUGUUUCAUCGGUAAUACUGAGUUCAUUUGAUUCACUCUGUAUUUGUGUAAAAAAUGUGGAGUGUUCUAGUUAAAAAAAAAACGAACAUAAUAUAUUGUGAUCAAUCUAUUUAGAUUUAAAUCGUGAUACGUUUUUAUGCUGUAAAACAAAAAUCAUUGUAAAACAGUGCCUGUAUCGUAGUCUAAGAUUAUUAUACAAAAAUAACUUUUUACUGACUGGAUGUGUUCAGAGUACGUUUUUAUUUAUAUUAUGGUCUCACAAUUUGUAGUUUUAAAGGUGGCACGUUUACUUCUGUUUGUAAAUAAUCUCCGACAUACUUUAUAAUGAUAUUGAGUUGUAGUUAGGCAAAUUAUAUUUUAGAUUAGGUCAAGGUUUAAGAGUGUGCAAUAACGUUUAUAGAGAAUUCGUUUUGUUAGCCGCAGAAUAAAGUGAGUUUUACUGGAA